AUGACAAACAGUUCGGAGUUCACAGAUGUGCUCCAGUCACGGGACCCAUGUGUUAGUAAUGGGAUAGUUAUCAAUAUAGACCCAAUUGAUCCGGAGCCAACACCAAUUAGGAAAGAGUUCACCUGCGAAGACACAUUCCACCAUGAGCACCACGGAAACUCUGAGGGCUUCAAGACACUGACGGCGUUUUUGUGUCUCAUGCUAUCAGCGUUUCUCAACUUCUUCUUGCUCACAGUCAUUCACGACGUGGUACCUAGACAGCCGCUUCCCGAUCUCACUUUCAUGAUCAUUCCACAACAAAGAUGGGCGUGGAGUGUUGGAGAUGUGCUCUCGACUGUUAGCUCCGUCGUCGCCUUCACCAUCAUCUUCCUUCACCAUCAGCGGUGGAUUGUGCUCCGCCGCACAUUCCUCUUGGGAGCUAUCAUGUACGGCCUGCGUGCCGUGAUUCUCGGUGUCACUUUCCUGCCGCCCUCUUUUCACAAUAGGGAUGAAAUUUGCCAGCCACAAGUCAACAGAACCGCUAUGUACGGCAUGGAAAUCGCGACGAGAUUCCUCACCUACGUCAUCACUUUGGGCUUGACAUCCGGACAAGACAAGAUUCUGUGCGGUGAUCUGAUGUUUAGCGGGCACACUGUCGUUCUCACAAUUAUGUAUUUUGUGCAGUUGCAGUACACUCCGCGUGGUCUCGUUAUUCUCAGAUACAUUGCCGCUCCGAUCACAUUCCUCGGAAUCGCAGCUCUCGUCGUGUCAGGCGGUCACUAUACGAUGGACGUGUUAAUUGCGUACUGGUUGACAAGUCACGUUUUCUGGUCUUAUCACCAAAUUUUCGAAAUGCGAAAGGACGAUCGACCACAGGCGCCGUUGAGUCGACUUUGGUGGUUCUGGUUGUGCUACUGGUUUGAAUCGGAUGUUGCGGACGGGAAAUUGGUGAACAAGUGGAAUUGGCCGCUGGAAGGCCCUCAAAGAAUGCACACCAUUAUGAAUCGUAUCAACUACAAAUUGCAAUAAUUUGAUGUAUUACUUUUAAUUUAAUUUAAUGCUCUUUUUUUUAUUUUGUAUCAUUUUAUUUUAUCCCAGUUUUGGUUUAAUUUCAAAUCAAAAUUUAAUCCCUUCCCCUCAGUUUCGACAUUUUGCUUAUCUCAUUUUUUUGUUGUUAAUGUUUUGUUUUGUAUUUCCCCCAAAGCGGUUUUUCCUACUUCUUUUCCAGUACAAUACGAUGCUCCAUACGAGAUAUUUCAAUUAAACACAACGAACAACACAUUUUCUUUCCCGCAAAAAUGCCCCUCCUGCUCAUUUCUUUCGAUUUCUCCCCCUUUGAAACUCAUAAUUUUUCCUCCUGCACAUGUUUUUGAUCUCGAUGAAUUUCUAGCUUUACAUGGUGAUUUAUGAAAAGCAGAAUAUAAAAAUGCGGUUGCAAAUAAUUAUAUAUGAAUUUUUCUUUCAAUUAUUG